AUGCCGCUUUACAUCAUCUCCCACAAGGACCCCAUCAGCCCCACACAGCGGGACGGGCUUGCCGCUGCCGUCACGAAAAUCCACACGACUGUCUUCACUACUCCAUCUCUCUUCGUCAACGUCAAGUUUGAGGACGCUUCAGAUGCUUCAUACUACGUGGGCGGCAAACCCGCCCGCGUCAAUGCCAUCCACGCGCACGUCAGGCCAGGCUCUUCUCGGCCGCGCAGCAUGUACGACGACCUGUGCCGGCAGCUCCGUCAGGCAUGGGAGCAAAAUUUGUCAGGCCCGUCUCUCGACACUAUCUUCGUCCACGGCACCAUCAUUGCCGGCGAGGAGAAAGGAUUCAUGCUCCCCGAGGCUGGCAAUGAUGCCGCGUGGAUGAAGGAGAACAUGCCAGAGUUCGAGCGUAGAGCACGCGCAGGGGAUGAGGAGAUGAGAGUUUUGGUCGAGGAGUGUCGGGCUCUGGGGGUAGAUGCUUGA